AUGGAAGUCACCAAGCAGGUGGGGGACCCUGAUCCAUCGGACCCCCAGGGCCACCCCUCAGCCAGGAGCCAGCAGCUGCUGUGGGGUGGCCUCAGAGAGUCUCAGGGACCGUGGAUAAACUCGGGGCCCAUAUGCUUUAGGCAGCGGCUGUCAUGGUCCCCCGAGGCCGUCACUGAUGGGGCCUGUGGCCCAGCCUCCCAGGCCCACAGCCCUGAGCCUGUUCACCAGCUCCCCUGGGGCCCCGCUGAGGGUGGCGCACAGUGUGGCUCGGAGCGGGCCUCCCAGGACGCCCCGAGACUCUCCUCCACCGGCCCGCGCCCCAGCCCCGUCGUGGAAGCCCAAGUGCAUCUCGUCCUGGAGAAUGAGACCCUGCCCCUGCCCUGGGGCACGCCCAGGGACAGCUCCGAUGGCCUGGCCCAGCUCGGGGGCCGCAGCUCCUGGCUUCAGGUGCAGGGUGCGAGGGAGGGCAAGGCUCCGGCUAAAGUCCUGGUAGGCUGGGGCAAAGGCCCCUGCGGCACCCACCAGAAAGCCCCCUGGGGCUUGGCAAGGAGCCAGCAGGUCCCCUGUUUCCUUGCAGGGGAGAUUGGCUCAGCUGCAGCCCCAGGUCCUCCUCACGCUCCAGCCCAAGAUCAGGGUCAGUGCUGGUGGCCAGCUCAGGCACCUCCAGCUCCAACACGGGCCAACACUCCAGCUCUGCAGACAACCCUCACGCCGGCAGCAGUGGCACGUAACACCUGCAGCCGCGACCACCUGCCCGGGAGCCUCGCCACCGCCAAGGACUUGUCCCGGGACCUGCUCAGGGAGAGUGGCAACCAGUGGUCAGGCCUCUUGGAGACUUCCAAGGUGGUCACAUUCUGCCAGGACCACGUGAUCUUUGGUUCUCAGCCGCUCCCCAUCCCAGGAGCCACUCCGAGAGAGUCCCCAGACCAUGCCUCCGAGCUCGAAGCUGCCAGAAGGCCGGUGCUACUGAAGCAGCCUGAGACUCCAGCAGAGAAGCCGCUGUUCUAUACCUUCAAGCUAGACAGCCCGGGCACCCCCACACCCCAGAGGAGCCGCCAGGAGGUCAGCUCGCAGCCAGAACGGCAGCCCCUCAGGGUCUGCAGCAGCACCUGCGCCAGGGCGCCGCUCCCCGCCUGCCAAGUGACCUGCCAUGGGCAGCGCCCGGCCCAGCCUCCCGGGGAAGCCACGCAGAGGCCCGCCUCCGGCGCCCCCACCUGCCAGCUCCAGGACCCUGCGGAAGGCCACGUGCUGGUGUUUGACAUGGACACGGGAAGCACCAGGAUGGGACUGCUGUGCCAGGACCCCCUGGGCUCACGGGCGGUACUGGUGGGCCUCGUGCCCAACCCUCCGCUCGUUUAUGCCCCUGAGAAUAUGCCGUCCACCCGGCCAUUGGCCGUGCCCGUCGCCUCCCCUAACCGCGAUCGCUCCAGCUUCGGGCCCGUCUCGUCGGUGUCGUCCAGCCCCGUGCCCUCCAGCCUCUCCUCUGGCAGCUACCGCGAGGUGGCCCUGGCCCACAAGGAAGCGAAGGUCAACCUGGAGUCACAGGACUCCCCUGGUACCGAGACACCCAUCAGGGUGAGCCUGCUCCCCGCGCCCCUUCCACUGCGAGGGCCCCUCCAGUUUGGAGAGAGGACACUGAACUGCGUCCAGGAUCCUGGCUGGUCCAAACCUGCGGCUGAAAAAAGCGAACCCACUCACGCCAUCUGGAUCCUGGAUGCGUCCGCGGUGCAGGAUGCCUCCGCGGGCCAGGCCAGGAGGCUGCCGGUGACCAUCCCAGAGCCGGCCCCCCCAGCCACAGCCCAGGAGGCAGCCAGAGCCCUGCUCCUGGCGGAUACAGGCAGCCACACCCGGAAGGAGGCCAGGACUGCUCACCCUAACUACCCUCAGGCUGAAGGGACUAGGCAGGCCCCCCUCAGCCGUUGGCCCCCACUCGCUGAGCAGCACCCCCUCUCUGGACAGCCCCCUCUCACUGGGACCCCUCUCGCCAGGCAACUCUCUCUCACUGGGCAGCCUGCCUUUUGCCAAGAGCCCACCAUCUCCAAAGAGCCCAUCCUCUCAAGAGGCCCCCCCUCCACCAGGGAGGCUGGCCAGGCCCCGACCCCGUGCCAGGAAGGGGAGGCCUUGGGUCUGCCCACCCACGUGGGGAUACUUCGGGUGCCCCUGGCCCAGGAAAAGACCUGCGUCUAUGUGAGCAGAGAAACGGUGGGCCUCAGUGCCCCUCCCACCUCCAACUCCCAUCGGCUCUCCUCCUGGCCGCCCGGCAGCUCUCUCAGGGCCCCGGGGGAGCAGCUCUCCCUGGUCACAUUCACCACACCUGGCACCAGCCACAAGGUCUUGCCCAUGGCCAUGGUGGGCACUGCGCCCCAGGGUCCCGGGCUCAAGCUGACAGCGGAGGACAUUACCGACUCGCCGGUGGUCACGGGCCUGGGCCUGCUCAGCGGGGCCUGCUAUGCUCUGCCGGGACCGUCCCCCGGGCUCUCGCUGGGCCACUUCCAGAGCGCGGCGGCCGUGGUGCUGAACCGGGGAGUGGUCUCCGACUGGGACGCCCUGGAGGGGCUGUGGCAGCACCUGUUCUACUGCAAGCUGGGCAGGCGGCCCGAGGAGCUGGCCGUCCUGGUGGCCGACUCGCCCAUCUCCCCGCGCACCAACCGCGAGAAGGUGGCCGAAAUCCUCUUUGAGUGCUUCCACGUGCCGGCCAUGCAGACGGUGCACCAGGCCCUGCUGGCACUCUAUGCUUACGGGCGCACCACCGGGCUGGUGCUGGGCAGCGGCCACGGCACCUCCUACGUGGCGCCCAUCCUCACCGGGGAUCUGGCCCCACUGGACACCUACAGGCUGGAUGUGGCCGGGGCUGACCUCACGGAGUACCUGGCCGAGCUGCUGCUGGCCAGUGGCCACGCGCCGCCCAAGGCAGGGCUGGUCGACCGCCUGAAAGAGACCUGCUGCUACGUCGCUCUGGAUGUGAAAGCCGAGAUGGCCCGCGCGCAGGCCCAGUCCCGGGUGAGCUUCCUGCUUCCGGACCAGCAGGUCAUCACCCUGGGCUCCGAGCGCUUCCGCUGCCCCGAGGCCCUCUUCCAGCCCUCCUUCCUGGGCAUGGAAUCCUGUGGCAUCCAUGAAACUACCUUUAACUCCAUCAUGAAGUGUGACGUCGACAUCCGUAAGGACCUGUACGCCAACACGGUGCUGUCUGGUGGAACCACCAUGUACCACAGGAGCUGGGCCCUCAGCCUGUGGCUCAGCCGCCGGGAGUACGAGGAGGAGGGCCCGUGGGCCAUCUACAAGUACCAUCUAUGA